AUGGCCCAACUAACGCAAAAGCCGCUCCAGUUCCUGCGCGAAUACAAGCUCGUGGUUGUAGGAGGAGGUGGCGUGGGAAAGUCAUGCUUGACCAUCCAACUCAUCCAAAGCCACUUCGUUGAUGAAUACGACCCCACAAUUGAAGAUUCAUACCGCAAGCAAUGCAUUAUCGACGACGAAACCGCGCUUCUCGAUGUCCUUGAUACGGCUGGCCAAGAAGAAUACUCGGCGAUGAGAGAGCAAUAUAUGAGGACAGGCGAAGGAUUUUUACUAGUCUAUUCGAUAACCUCUCGGCAGUCUUUCGAAGAGAUCAUGACUUUCCAGCAACAGAUUCUACGGGUCAAGGACAAAGAUUACUUUCCCAUCAUCCUUGUUGGUAACAAAUGUGAUCUAGAGGGAGAAAGAGUGGUGUCGAAAGAGGAGGGAGCUCAGGCGGCCCAACAAUUCGGGUGCAAGUUUAUCGAGACAUCUGCGAAGUCACGAAUAAACGUCGACAACGCUUUCUACGAUCUCGUUAGGGAGAUCCGAAGGUACAACAGGGAGAUGUCGGGACACUCUGGUGGUGCGCCCCCCCUGGGCUCCUACGGCCAUGGUUCGAAGCCGGAGACGGACAAUCAAGACGAGAGCGCAGGCUGUUGCAGCCGGUGUGUGGUUAUGUAA